AGUGUCACCAGUGUGAAAAGAUUGGAACGAGCCCGUGCGUCUUGCAUGGGAUUCACAUGCGCCAUUUUUCUAAACAAUCAUAUUUACAAUACCGGUAAAGUCGUGAUAAAUUUAUUGAUUAAUAAUGAGUUUAAAAAUAACAGAUUUAAAAGUUGCCGACUUGAGAGCUGAAUUGGAUAAAAGAGGAUUAGACAAAUCAGGUGUUAAAUCUGUUUUGAUUGAAAGGUUACGAAAUGCUCUUAAAGAAGAGGGUAUUGAUGCUGACGAGCAUGAAUUUAAAAGCACAAAACGUAAAAGCGAUGUUGCUAGUUCUGAAGCUGGAGAUGACGAAGAAAUGGAUACUUCUGAAAAUUUAAAAGAUAUUGCACAGAAGGUAGACAAUGAAGAUGAAGACACGCCUUGUAGUGAUGAGGAAGAAAUGGAUGAUUAUAAACAUCAAGAAGACACUGAAAGUGCCCGAUUUAAAACGACUGCUCAAUCUCGUCAAGACACAAUAAAAGAAGAUGAAACUAUAUCUAACGCUGCAAAUUCGGAAUUAUCGAAAGAUAAUAAUGUUACAGAAGUCGAAAAAGACACUUCGCAAAAUGAAAAUGAAGCAAUGGAAACGUCAGAAACAAACGAUGCUAAAGCUGGAAAAAAAGUAUUGAAAGUGAUUGGUAAAGAUAAAGUUCAACAAUUCGCUGUCACAGCUAGAACCCUUUGGGUAGCUGGCUUAACUAGUACCUCAAAAGCAUCAGAUCUAAAGAAUUUAUUUAGUAAACAUGGUAAAGUUUCCUCUGUUAAAAUUGUGAGGAACACCAAAGGCACACAGAGGAAGUGGUUUGGGUUAUUGACUAUGGCUACUAGUAAAGAUGCAUCGAAAUGUAUCGAGAAGCUGCACAGAACUGAAUUCGGUGGUCAUGUAAUUUCAGUUGAACGUCGGCAAACUGCUCCAAUUGUUAAAAAAUCUGAGGCAGCUGUGGUUAAAAAACCUACUCCAAAAAAUGAUGUAAAGGAAUCAGUCACUGCCAAGACCGAUAAAGAUGUUAAAAAGCCAUCUGAAGAAAAGCGUAAAGAACCAUCAGCUGAUGGAGAAGAUAAAUCUAAGAGUGACGACGAGCGAGGCUCCCCCGAUAGAGGCUAUCGAGGUUAUGAAAGUAGACCAUAUUUGGGAAGAGGUCGUUUUCGAGGAGGCUUUCGGGGCAGACCCUUUGGUGGCUUUCGAGGGCGCGGCAUGUCAUUUAGAGGCAGGGGUAGGUUUAGCGGUUUCCGAAGACCGUUUGGUAGGCCUUCACCAUUCGAUAGACCUAAUUUCCGUUCUAUGUCUUCCCGAGCGAGGUAUAGAUAUGAUUUUGAUGAAGGUAGAGGAGGUAGGGAUUAUGAGAGGGAGAUGAGAAUGAAACAAGAAGAGGAAAUGUUCAGGCAUAAAAUCAUUGUUCGUAAACAAAAAGAGGAAGCCUAUCGGCUAGAAAGGGAGAAAAACCAGCUGAGAAUAGAAAGAGAAAUGCUUGAAAGGGAAAAGGCUGAAAUGUUAAAAUUAGAAAGAGCAAAGCAGCGUAUGGAAAGAGAACAGUUGGAAAUGGAACGGGAAAAAUUGCGUCGCCAAAGCCAAAUGAGUAGUUCUGGGAAAAGACCGUUUAAUCGUAGAGGUGGUGGCCCUCCUCAUGCAUGGGCCGAAAAAAGAAGAGAAUCUGAGUAUGAAGGCCCAUCUCCUAACUUCCGUGAAAAGUUUUCUAGUGAAGGUAAAUUUCCAUACAGUCGGGAACAUUCAUCGUAUAAAAAACCAGAAUACAUGCACGAUGAAUUUAGGCGGGAGAAGAUGGAAGCAUCGUCUCAUCCUAAAUUCGCUGAGCGUGAUGAACGACGAGAGGUCACUUAUCACGGUGGCCCUGAGCGGCGUGUAUAUUCUCGAAGUGAAUUCAGGGGACCUGGGCCAAGUUCUUCCCCACCAAUGAAGCAUUAUACCCCUAGAAGUAAGCCUCCUAGAGAAGAAUGGAAAUUUCAUGAAAGAAGAGGUGGUGAAAAACCUGGUUAUCCACCUAGGGGUCGGAAAAUGGGAUAUUAUUGAAUCCAUUUGAAAACUUGAAUCAUGUUCAUUGCUAUUAUAUGCAGUUAUAAAAAAUCUAAUCAUAUAACAUUAAUUCAAAACAGUGUAUCAGAAAUUAUAAAAGCAUUAUUUGGUUUAGAAGUGAUUAAUUUGUGAAGCCUAAUUUCAAAAGGUCAAAUAUACAUCUUCAAUUUUUGUGUUUGUAAAUUUUUAGGAUUUCUUGCAGUAUGAUAAGAAUGUUUUUAUUUUUCAUGUUGAAAAAUAUACUCAUUACUUAAUUUUUAUUCCGUAGUAGUUUUAAUUGCUAGUUAUUCAAAGAAUUUUAUCAGAAUGACUUAGAUACUGAACUGAAAGAAGCAAACAACAAAUACAUAUUACUGUUGCUUUACAAAUCUGUGUAUCAGAAGAUGUGAAAUGUCUGUGUAUUGUGAAAUUAAAUGCUUUGAAACUAAUAAAAAAAGAAUUCACAAA